UUACCAUAACAAAGUGCAAUAUGAUUCUUACAUCGAUUAUUCAAUUUUUAUAAAAUUACCCGUGAACUUAAUUCGUAAUCAAAUAAAAUAAAAAUUACAAAAAAGAGAGAGAAACAAAUUAAUGGUAACAUAUUGAUGACUGUAUUCUUUUGUAAUGCCAAACUGAGUACCUAAAUUCAUUACACAAGAGAAUAAAUUCAUUUUAAGAGUUUGCAGUUUGAAAGUUUUUUAUUUUUGUGUGUUUUUUAUAUAAAAAAAAUUAUUUCGAGUUGUAAUUAUUCGCGUCGUUCUGUGUAAACACUUAAGUGGCUAAACAAUAAUUAUGAGUGCCUUAUUGUGGAAAAAGAGAAAAGCAAUUCAACAUUCGGUUGAUACAUUGUUGUGCGUGCUUAUGUAAAUAUUUACAACCAAAACUGAAAUAUUUACAUGGCCAAAACAAAACCGACACUAGAGGAUUACAUUUUCGAUAUGGAAACUAGGCCACCGGAACGGUCUGUCGACGACGCCGACGAACAUAUGAUGACCGAACAGGAUGUUUGGCAAAAAUUGCAGAAAAAGGAGGCCGAUUUGGUGCUGGCCGCUGAAUUGGGCAAAGCACUGCUGGAGAAGAACGAGGAGCUGACCAAACAACAGGAGAAAUUGAUAGAAGAAUAUUCAACGAAACUGGAGCGACUUGAGCAAGAGAAACACAUCCUCCGAAGAAAACUGUCCGAAGCCGAAAGUGAAGGCGACAUACGAGCUCAAGAAUUAGAGUCUGAUUACAAUGAAAUUAAAUCGAAAAUGUUAGCUCAGGAAACAUCGAUUCGACAAAAUGAAAGAGAGAAAAAUCUUUUGAUUGAAGAAUUGACGGCUCAAAAUGCACGACUCACACAACAACUUCAAGCUGCCACUCAAAAUGAAACGCAAUUGCAGACCAAGCUACAGGACAUAAAGGACCAAUAUUCAAUACAGCACAGUAGCUUACAGAAUCAUGUAAAUGGUGUCGAAAGUUUGAGAGAUGAAUUGGACAUGUUGGUGAAGAGUAAAGAAGACUUGGAGAAGCGGCUGCAGACAUCGUUGGUGGAGAAGGAUACUUUAAUCGCUUCACUGGACGAGUCUCGAGACCGUAUACAUUCCCUUCAAAAGCAGCUGCGCGACCAAGAAAUGAAAAUGCAGACGACGAUUAAAAAUCUGGAACGAGUGCAACGCGAGAACGAUACUCUAUCGGAACGAUUGGAAUCGGGUACGAAUGGUGAACGUGGACUCUCAUCUCUACAAAACGAAAUGGACUGUGACGAUGAAUUCUCCGAAAGUCAAUUCGACCAUUCCCAUCCGCUGUUCAAAGAAGCCCGUUCCGUUUACAAUCAACUGAAACAAUUGCUGCUCACUCUGCAAAAUAAUCAGGAUGGUGAUUCUGGUCUACAUUCCGAUCUGUUUCUGGGAUCGACUUGUCAAUCGGUCGGAGACGAUCUGAGACAAGGAAUGCUAGCUAGUGUUGCUGAUGAUGUUAUCAAUGCGAUUAUGGGUCUAGAUGUUGUACAUAUCAAAACUAUGUUGGACGAAAGUCGAACGAACGGUAUGGAUCAAGACGAGGAGCUUCGAAGGCGUCAAGAUCUUAUUGCAGAGUUGGAGGGCAAACUUUCUGUGAUCGAAAUUGAAUUACAAAGUGCAAUCGAAGAGCGGAAUCGAGCCAGACAAGAUGCUUCCGAAAGUAAUUUGGCCCAAGAUGAAGUGGUUGUUCAAGCUCGUAACGAUCGUGAUGCUGCCACAGCCAGACGGACGAAGGCCGAAGUUGAAUUGGCCAAAAACCGAGUGGAACUGAUGCAAGCGAAUAGUGAAUUGCUGGAGGCGAUCCAACAGAAGGUAGAACUAUCCGAACAGCUCGAGCAAUGGCAGAUGGACAUGCAUGAGUUGAUAGAAGAGCAUAUGAAGAAACAAUUGCACGAUAGCCUAGCUAUGAAAGAAUCGCCAGUUACCUCAGUUACGAAGAAACCCAACCGAUUUAUGGGUUUAUUUCAGCAAUUUCAAUUUCAACGAUAGGUAAAAAAGAAAUAAAAAAUUGUUUUGUGAUUUAGAUUAACCGUUUACAUUAGAUAAAUGAUAAUACCAUGGAAUAUGAUAUCUA